AUGAUCAAGUUGAACACCCCCACAGCCGAAGUUGAGAUUGUGGAAGAGCAGGAGCUGACAUCGCUGGAACAGUUUCUCUCCAACAUCGGGGGAAUGGUCGCGCUCUACUUGGGAAUCUCUUUCAUCGGUCUCUACGAAACCUUGGAAAUUCUUGCCGUGUGGGUGAUGUCCCGAUUCUUCAAGGCUCAGUUUCCACGCGUACAUAUGGGGGAGGCCCUCACUAAUGAAAACACGGAAAGAUUCGACAAUUCCAACGUGGCGGAUGAUUCCCUCAAACGCGACGUGGAAUUGCGGAAGAGAGUGGAGUUCCUGGAACAAUACAUUCUUGAAUUCAGGAAGGAAGUGGGUUCCCUCAUGGUCUACAUCUGUGUAGUAGGAACUCAAUUCGCGUACUUCUUCAUGGUGAUGUCGAGUUUCCUCCUCAUGAUUAAGUUUCGCGCAUUUCGUCAUCUAUUACAAAGUGGAGAAAUGGACUUCAGUGAAGAAGAAUUUCGAAUCGUUCGUUUUCGGGUCUCCAUAGCGGCCAUUGCUCACGGAAUGUUUUGGCUCGUGUUGGCGAUGGUGACCUUCGCUUUCACAUGGUCCAUGGUGAAUUCAAUCCCGGCAUGGCUUGCCCUUAUUCUCACAGAUAUGAUUCCCUUAAUCGAGGAAACGUUGUUCUCAUCCGUCAUGGUUGCGAUCGGAGCGAGCUUCGAUUGCCUAAACCGACGUGCGCUAAUCUUUGUCCAGGCAGACGUUGGGAAAACAGGAAAUUUUCGAAAACCAGGGCAAAAAGGUAUCGAAUUCGGCCAUUCUGAUGGGAGUCUCUGUUCCUCGGAAGAAAACUCAGACGGAAUGUGGCAUCCAGGUGUGGGAAUCUCCACCGCCAAACAGGAUGGCGAGCAGAUCCGCCCUCCUCGCUGGAAGACGCCUGCUCCACCGAACACCACCGACUCGGUCGAUGGGAUUCAAUUCAUCCAGACCAUUAGAUGCAACCACAGUCGCUUGUGUCAUCUUCUCGACCUCUCUUCGAGCCUCUUCUCUGAGAUCCUGCUCGUGAAGGCUCUCACAACCUUUGCGACGGCUCUCUUCACCGCCUUCAUCGUCUUAGCUCCCGUCUUGAUAAAGUCUGCGACGAAGUUUCCUUACUUCUGCUACAUUCCUGGGUUCAUCAUAACCACGGUGAAACUUUUGUCAACCUGCAUCGUCUGCCGAAGCGUCAAGCACAAUAUGGAAAUGUUUGAAAAGGAAAUUUCCCGGAGUUGGAGACCUGUGACUGCCUGCGGCCUGUUCGAGGUCGAUCUCCCGCUUCUUUCAGCUACGGUGGUGAACCUGUCCACCUUCUUCGUCACCCUGCUCCAGUUCCACCUCUCCCUAGAACCUUAAUUCAGAGGCACAGGACCACAUUAGUGAUUCGUUAGUGCGGAGUGUUACACACAGAAAAUUCAGUGCACCAAUUUGAGGCAUUUUGGUUGUGAGAAAUCUGUCCCCAUGUGAUGCG